AUGGCGCUCUUGCCGGAGGCCUUCGUCCUCGGCACCACAUCGCCAGCACUGCCGGUGAGCAGGCUCGCCUCCAAGCGUGGGCGGACAUCGCGCAAGGUUCCGCAACAAGGCAAGCCGUCGGCACUUGCGUCAGCUUCGGCAGUUCUGGCAGCGGUUGCGCUGGCGAAAAGGCGUCAGGUGCAGACGCGAUCAACCGUUGUGGCGGUGAGGGUCGCGGACCCAAGUUCCGACUUCGGCUUGAAGAUGACGAUCGCCGUUGCUAGCAAAAGGUGGCUAAUGCGGUGGGAUCUUUCAAGAGCUCGGAUGACGCAGAACCUCUUGAAAGAUCGCGCGGGUUCCUUCGGAGAGUUUGGCUUCAAGCUGGUGGCAGAUCUUCACAAGGUUACGGUGGGCGGCGGAGCCCGCUACAACGACGGGAAGUUCAACUGGCAGACCACACUGAAGGGCGGCAAAGAAGUCAAGUGCCCUGGGCCAGAAGCGGACUGGAGCUACAAAGGCACCAUCGAGCAGACCUGA